CUUUGUUGUUCGUCUUUUCCAGAAAAUCUCGCAGAAAAUAAGAACAAAAAAAAAAAACAAAAAAUUCACAACAAAACCCUAACUUAAAACCCCUCGAUUUCUCUCCCUUCAAUUUUUUUCACCAUCAUCCAAGCUUUUGAUUUGCAGCAAUGUCAACUCUUGAAAUUGAAGCUCGAGAUGUGAUUAAGAUAGUGCUUCAAUUCUGCAAAGAAAAUUCGCUGAAUCAAACAUUUCAAACACUACAAAGCGAAUGUCAGGUGUCUUUGAACACAGUGGAUAGUCAUGAGACAUUCAUUGCAGAUGUUAAUAGUGGGAGGUGGGAUGCUGUUUUGCCUCAAGUUUCUCAACUUAAGCUUCCUAGGAAGAAAUUAGAGGAUUUGUAUGAGCAGAUUGUUUUAGAAAUGAUCGAGCUUCGAGAAUUGGACACUGCCCGAGCGGUUCUGAGGCAAACCCAGGUAAUGGGUGUGAUGAAGCAAGAGCAACCAGAAAGGUACUUGCGGAUGGAGCAUCUUCUUGUCCGGACCUAUUUUGAUCCACAUGAGGCGUAUCAAGAUUCAACUAAAGAACGACGACGUGCGCAGAUUGCACAAGCUCUUUCGUCAGAAGUUUCUGUUGUGCCACCGUCACGAUUGAUGGCUUUGAUUGGGCAAGCUUUGAAGUGGCAACAGCAUCAAGGUUUACUUCCUCCCGGAACACAGUUUGAUUUAUUUCGUGGAACUGCUGCGAUGAAACAAGAUGUCGAGGAUAUGUAUCCUACAACACUUACACAUACUAUUAAGUUCGGGAAGAAAAGUCACCCAGAAUGUGCUAGGUUUUCUCCUGAUGGGCAGUUCCUGGUUUCUUGCUCUGUUGACGGAUUUGUUGAGGUAUGGGAUCACGUUAGUGGGAAGCUCAAGAAAGAUCUGCAGUACCAGGCUGAUGAGACGUUUAUGAUGCAUGAGGAAGCUGUCCUUUGUGCUGAUUUUAGUAGAGAUUCAGAGAUGCUUGCGUCCGGUUCUCAAGAUGGAAAGAUCAAAGUGUGGCGUAUAAGGACUGGUCAGUGUUUGCGACGCCUCGAACGUGCUCAUUCUAUGGGAGUUACAAGUCUUUGCUUUUCUCGAGAUGGAAGUCAGAUAUUGAGUACAUCUUUUGACAGCACUGCAAGGGUUCAUGGUUUGAAGUCUGGGAAGUUGUUAAAGGAAUUCCGUGGGCAUACUUCUUAUGUAAAUCAUGCAAUAUUUACACAUGAUGGUAGCCGUGUGAUCACAGCAUCUAGUGAUUGCACAGUCAAGGUUUGGGAUGUCAAGACAACCGAGUGUCUACAGACGUUUAAACCACCACCGCCUUUAAGGGGUGGAGAUGCUUCUGUAAAUUCUGUUCAUUUGUUUCCCAAAAAUAUGGAUCACGUUGUUGUUUGCAACAAGACAUCAUCUGUAUACAUCAUGACACUCCAAGGACAGGUCGUGAAGAGUUUUUCUUCUGGUAAGAGAGAAGGCGGAGACUUUGCGGCUGCCAGUGUAUCACCAAAAGGAGAGUGGAUUUACUGUGUUGGUGAAGACAGGAAUUUAUAUUGUUUCAGUCAGCAGUCUGGUAAACUUGAACAUCUGAUGAAGGUGCACGAGAAAGAUGUAAUCGGUGUGACACACCAUCCUCACAUAAACCUCGUUGCUACCUAUGGUGAAGACUGCACCAUGAAAUUAUGGAAGCCUUGAGUUUUUUUUAACAGGGUCUAUUUUUUUUAAUCCGUAUUAUUUUGAAGAUUACAUUUUAUUUCAGUCCUGCUGGUAGUGUAAAAAUGUAAUUGUUGUAACUUGUAUGUCAUGUUUGAGGCAUCCGAUUAUUCUUGUAGCCACUUAUUCUCUAUUUUAAUUUUAGAAAGUAUUUAAUGAAGUUAUUAGUCUGA